AUGACGCGCUUCACCAUCACACCUCUGCUGCCUCCCAAUUUUCGAAGACUGCUGCAAAGAAGAGCCGCCAUGAAACGGAAGGCUGAUGACCAGCAUCAGGACAUGGUGAUCGACCCAAAGCAACAGCGUCAGACCGGUAAGAAAAAGAUGGAGAUGGUGCCACCAGCAGAGUGUAGCCAGGAAGCACCUUCGCAAAAUCAUAUGGACAAUGACUCGUCCUCCUGCGAAUCGAAAGUUGACAUCAAACUUUCACAUAAUGAAGCGCAUCCUGAAGACUCUGAAAGGAACGAUAAGUUGCCCAAAAACAUUCAUCUGAACAAAGACAUUCAACAAGUGCUUUCUCAAAAUCGAAGUAGUAUUCUCGCUGACCCAAAAUUAAUUGACUUCGACUCAAGCAUCCAACACAAGCAAUAUUCCGUACCCCCUGAAGAGGGCAUAGCCAUACCAAAACAGCCAUUUCCGGCACACAGAGCUUACAAAAUGACUCAGACAAGUCAAGAGAACAUCGCACAUGGCUCCUCAUUUUGUAACGUGAAAUUGGAUAUCAGUUUCGAGUCUUGCGCAACCCGUGAAUCUACCCCCGAAAGGCAACUGCAGCAAAUGGUUUCCAAAAGCAACAUCGUCAAUGACAUAUCAUUUUUCGGCUUUAUUCCUGACGUCAUACCUGAGCCUUCCGAAGUAUCUGUGGAAAUUUGCAACUCGCCGAUGAAGGUCAGUCCGGUGCCGUGUACUCAGCAAGUGACUGAUAAAGUGCGGAACAACUUUGCUAAUGAGUUGUCGUUUUAUGGCUCUAACCAAGAUACCUUACUUGAUCCUUGCACUCUGCCUGUUGAGUUAAGCGCUGAGGCGUGCAAUGAGUUUUUCUCGGAAGAAAAUGCGCAACAAGUGACUUCCGAAAAAAACAUCUUCAACGACAAAUCUCUGUUCCAACUUUCGCCUAGUGUCUUAUCCGAGCCUUGUGAUGUGUCUGCAGAAUCAAGCACUGUAAUGCUUAAAGAAUUUUUUCCGGAAAGAAAUGUGCAACAAAUGAUGUCGAAAAACAACGUCGUCAACGAUACAUCGUUUUUUGACUUUCUGUCUGAUAUCAUACCUGAUCCUUGCGAUACGUCUGCCGAAAUUUUCAACACGUCAACGAUGACUAUUCCGGCGCAGUAUACUCAGAGAUUAACCGAUCAAGUACAAAACAGUUAUGUUGACGACUCAUUUUUUACCUCAAAUUCUGAUAUCCCAUUUGAUCAGGGCAAUCCGCUUCCUGAAUCAGUCGUUGAGUUGACUAAUGAGUUUUUUCCGGAAAAUAAUCUGCAACAAGUAAUGUCGAAUAACAACGUCGUCAACGACACACCGUUCUUUGACUUUCCGCUUGGCAUCAUGCCUGAGUCUUGUGAAGUGUCUGCAGAAGAUCGGAAUAUCUUACAGCAGAUUAUUCCGAAACAAUGCACUCAGCAAAUGACUGAUCGAACGCAAAGCAGUUUUGUUACUGACACGUCGCUUCUUGCCGCAAAUCCUGGUAUAACAUUUGAUCGUUGUACUCUGUUUCCAGAAUCAGAUGGAAAUUUGUUCGAAGAGUCCUAUCUCAAAGAAUCAACUCAACAAUUCAGCACGCAACAGCAAAGCAGUCCAUCGAAUGGCUCGUCGUUCUUCAGUUCCGUGACUGAUGUGGAGGAGGACAUUCACAAGGUGCCUCAGGAAGCGAGUCUGCUAUGA